CACCAAGCGCCCCUCCCGCUGCCAGAUCGCGUGUAAGCGCUAGCUUGCGUGCGUCACAACUAGUUGGUCUUUCCUUUGCACGUGUCUUACUUCAUGUCUCGCACGUCGCGCAUCGCAUCACGACUUUACGACGAGUAUGUGUGGUAGGACCGCACGCAAAGUUGCAACGGACUACGGUGCAAUGUUCGUCCCGACUGCUGCUAGAUGCCUCGGCUGUCGUCACGACACGAGCUACUGCGCAAGCCCUAGCCGUUCCAAGUCGAGGUAGAACAAUGUCAACGCCCACGUCGCUGCUGCACAGCCUUUGGUCUCUCAUCUAGACAUCGCUUCUAUUGCAGUUCCUGUUGGUCCCCACCUGGUCCUCCCAUACUUGGUCGAAGCAACAAUGGCUCCAAGUGCGCAGUUCAACCCCGCGACAGAUAUACCAAGUCUAGCGGGCAAAGUCGUCCUCGUUACAGGAGGUAAUGCCGGCCUAGGAAAGCAGACGAUCGCCUACCUCGCUGCGCAUUCACCGGCGCGCAUAUACCUGGCUGCGCGCACUGCCUCCAAAGCCGAAUCCGCUAUCGCCGAUAUACAACGCGAAGCUCCUUCUGCUGUGAUUGAAUACCUUCCGCUCGACCUCACCUCGUUCUCCUCCAUCGCGGAGGCAGCCUCUACGUUUAAGGCGCGCGAGCAACGGCUUGACAUUCUGGUGAACAACGCGGGUAUCAUGAUGACGCCUUUCAGCUUCACCAAGGAAGGUUACGAGAUCCAGUUUGGCACAAACCACGUGGGGCAUGCGCUGUUCACCAAACUGCUCAUGCCGGUGCUACUUCAGACCGCUGAGCAGCCGGGCGCCGACGUGAGAAUCAUAAAUGUAUCAAGCAUGGGUAUGUUCGCCGCACCGAGUGGCGGCAUUAUCUUUAACCAGGCGGCCUUGGAGAAAGAGUACACCUGGCGGCGUUACGGGCAAUCGAAGCUCGCAAAUAUUUUGUUCACGCGUGAACUUAGCGCACGUUACCCUCAGAUCACGUCUGUGUCGGUUCAUCCUGGAGUUAUCAUCACGGACUUGUACAACGCCUUUGUGUCCGGACCUAUAAUGAAGGGCAUGUUCUGGUUCUACAAGCAGCUUGUGCCGAUAUUACCUGGACAUUUUAAAGACGUAACAGGUGGAGCGCUGGCCCAGACGCAUCUGGCGACGGCGGACAGGUCGACGAUCCAGAACGGCGAGUUCUACAGGCCGGUGGGUAUAGUGACCAAGGGCUCGAGCUACAGUCAAGACCUGGGUCUAGCUCGGAAACUUUGGGAAUGGACGGAAGAGGAGUUUGGGAAACAUGGUUAUUGAGAUACUGGCUCAUGGUAAAUCGUACCUUAUAGCAAUCUUGCCGCGCUGCA